AUGAGCUCCAAGCUUUGGAGAGUGAUACUAAAAGAUGACGUAAGUAAAUUUGCAAAUUACCUACAGAGCGAAGGAGGGAUCGACUUAAAUGCAUAUAACAAAGAUGGGCUAACUAUUUUAUUAUUUGGUAUUGAAAAGGGGUGUGCGGAAUGUUGUUAUUAUUUAAUAAAUGAGAAAAAUGUAAAUAUUUUUUUAAAAGAUAAAAAAGAAAAGGAAAAUGCACUGAUGAAAUGUAUGGCUACAGGAAAUAACAUGAUAAAUGUUAGUAAACUAUUAAUAGAAAAGAAAAUAAAUGUGAAUGAAAAAAAUAAAAAUGGAAAAACUAGUUUACAUAUAGCUAGCGAACAUAAUUAUUUAAAAGGUAUUGAAUUAUUAUUAAAAAAUAAUGCUGAUAUAAAUGCAGUAGAUUAUGAUAAUAAUACACCAUUAAUGUGUUCAAUUAGAAGAAAUAAAGAAGAGUCAGCUCUUCUAUUAAUUGAAAAUAAUGCAGAUGUAAAUAUUAAAGAUAAAGAUAUGAACAGUAUUCUACAUAUCUGUGCAAAGGAACACUUAAGUAAUAUAUCACAAUAUAUAUUAGGAACCCACAAAUUUAAUAUUAACGAUUGUAUGGAUAAGGAAAAUAAUACUCCAUUACAUAUAGCAGCAAAGGAAAAUAUAAAAAGCCUAUGCAAUUUAUAUUUAAAAUACAAUUUUGAUGAAUCUAUAAAAAAUAAUAAUAACGAAACAUAUAGUGAUAUCUUAAAAAAACAUGAAGAAAAUGCUAUAUUAAAAGAAAAAGAAAAAAAAAAAAAUUAUGAAGAAAAGGAAAUAAGGAAAAGAAAAAAUUAUGAACAUGCAAUGUUAAAAACGGAUGUGUCUAAUUUUUUGAAAGCAUACAAUUUAGAAACACUAAUACCACAUUUUUACAAGCAUAACUAUAUAUAUGUAGAUAGGGCUUUUCUAGAAAUUCAUGAUUCAUCUUUAAAAAAAAUGAGCCUAAAUAAAGAAGACAGAAAUCGAUUUUUCAAUGCCCUUGAACAGUAUUAUGCGGAAAUAGAGGAGCAACAAAAUGAAAGGAACUUAGCUAAUCAACAAAUGUUAGAUGAACAAAGAAGAACAAGAAAACUAAAAUAUGUGUCUUAUAUAGUCUCCUUUAUAUUUACUUCUCUGUUUAUAUACAGCCUAAUCAUAUCUUUAAUCAAGCGGGGGCGAUUAUUCUUUUGA